CGCUGUUCGCGGGGGGAGGUAGCGGCUACGCCGAGCGGGGUCUCUGGAGCGGGCUCGUGGGAGCUGCCCGGCCCGGCCCCGGCAUGGUGCCCGCGCGGCCCCGCGUGAAGAGCGAGUACAUGAAGCGCUUCAAGGAGCCCAAGUGGGAGUCGUGCGGCCCCUGCUACCGGGAGCUGCUGCGCUACCGCCUCAGCCGCCGCCUGCUGGAGCAGGCGCACCGGCCCUGGCUCUGGGACGGCUGGGAGCCCGACAGCAGCGGCAGCAGCGCCGGCUCCCCCUCGCCGCCCAGCACCAGCCCCCCGGCCGCGCAGCAGCAGCAGGAGGCGCCAGCGCCAGGCGCGCCCGGUCCCGGCGGCAGCAGCCGCGUUGGGGAGCCGGGAGCAGCGGGGAAGGCGAGCCCGGCGGAGCCCCCGCGUCCAGCGGAGAAAGAAACAGAGGGAGACGACCAAGAGAAAGUUGCAGAACAGGCAUUGGUGAAAGAAACUGACAAAUCAACCACCCGUACAGGACAACAACCAAGUCGAAGUGCCUUGUCCAGUCGGAAUGAUCGAAGAUCAGCUAAAAGUCCUCAAAGGACAGAUGCAGCAAAGGAGCAUAAACAUCCAUUUGCUUUAUAUGGCUGGGGAGAAAAACGUACAGAUACAGGGAGCCAGAAAACUCACAAUGUCUGUGCUUCUGCUUCAGUGCAUGAAAUUCAUGAAUCUGCACUACGAGCAAAGAACAGAAGGCAAGUGGAGAAAAGGAAAUUGUCUCAAAAGCGAGUGCGCUCUGCAGAUGUGGAUCGGACCUGGAGAGUAAAGCCUUCCCUGCCAGAUAAUCCCUGGAUGACUGAGUACAUGAGAUGCUACUCAGCAAGAGCUCGGUGAAUCAAAAGUUGCUUGGACAUAUUUCUAAAUUUAAAAUAUUUAUAUUAGAUCAGGACAUUGGUGCGAACUACUUAUGCAAGGUUUUUAUAGGGGGUUUCCAGCAGUCUGUUAUAAUCAUUUGUAUUUUGGCUACCUACCUCAUCAGUAGAGCGUAGAGCUGGAGCCAUAACAUUUGAAGAUGUUUUUAAAUAUAGUUCCUUAAAUUUUUAAAUAUUUCUCCUUUUCUGAAGUCUUUAAGAGGCAUUUCAAUGGAUCUUUUGAGAUGAUUUCAAAAUACUGAAAGUCUAAACUUUUACAAAAUCUUUGUGAAAUGAACCAAUUCUAAAAAACUUUCAACUGCCCCCUUAAAAAAAAAAAAAAAGUGUGUGGGGGGGGCUUAACUCAAAUCAUGUGAUCAUGGUGGUGUUGGAAACCUUUCCCAGAGUGUGGUGUAUGUGCUAUUGCAUUAUUUAAAAUACUUGAUUCAACACCUUCAAAAUAUCAAGUAGAUUACAAUAUCCAACCUGGAAGCAAGUGGCUCUGGUACACAAUCUGAGACACAAUGAAUACUGGCCUGAUGAAGACAGCUGUUAAGUGUUGUCUGCUAUAUAUUAGACUUUUUUUUUUUUAAAAACUUUGGUAAUAUUUCUCUAAACUUUCAGUAAUUAGUGAAUCAUGCAGAUAUUCUUCAACUGAGUUUCAUUGCUGUUUUAGAAUGUCAGUGGAAUAGAUUAAUAUGAUUCAGUUGUGGCAAAUUAUUUUCCAAGUGAGAAGUCCACAGGAUUAAUUUGCAAUUACUGUGACUAUUACACCAAAUGACUGAUGUAGACAAUCAUUAUUUGAUGGCUGUUGGUCAAUAGACAAUUGCUUGCUGUACUGCUCUUGACCUGACAACAUCAUACUGAGUUGGUAAAAACACCCGUUUUGUGCUUAAUCAUUUUGAUACCAGCCUCUCAAUGAAGACUGUAUAUAUAUUUCAAAAUGUACUUUGACCAGACACCAGCUGAUUCAUUAGUGAAGUCUUGUUUGUUUUUAAUGUUUGUAGCUGGAGAGUGGGGAGAGUGUAUUUCACUGGUAUGCAUUCCAUUUGGUUUAGUAUGGUUAAUAAUACUUAAGUUUUAAAUUUGUAGAACAGUUUUUUGAUAAACAUUUGCAAAUGAAGUUUUCGUGGCCAUAUCUGUCCUGGAGGCAUGUUCAUAACUUUCUGCCAAGGGGAAAGAAAAUAAACCCCUUAGUAACUGGAGACUAAUGAAAUCUGUGGCUAUUUUCACUUGGUUGGCUGUUUUCUGUACAACGUAGGACUGCCAGUAAUUGAUGGAUCCUCAAUUUGUUUCUUUACUCAGUUGUUCUAAAUGUAAUUUUAGUUUUGUAGUAAACAUGAGCUUAAAGAUCCUUGCAGUAGCUGUGCGCUUUUUGAGAUCUCUUUGAAGUGCGGUGGUGGUGGUGGUGGUGUAAUAGUUCUGAGGUUCAUUCUUUUACAGGCUGCUUUGGGAUCACUGACCUCUUUUGACAUAGCUUGAUCACACUUAACAUUUCAGACUCUCUCUU